AUGUCCUGGCUCAACAGGCAUCCGAAUCUGCGCAGCGAAGAUUGGCACCUUUUAGAUUUCGAGCCACAUCCAAAUAAGGCAUUUACUGUCUCAAUAAAUGAUCAAUUAUCCCAAUCAGAAGAUACCAGCAUUGGUGAUGUUGGAUCUACUAUUCCCCCACAAACGGCUCGCAAGAUAUCCGAUAGUACCUUGACUGGUCAGAUAAACAAUAAGUCCUCAACUAUCAAUCUAAUAUUGGCAUCACAAAUGUCAUCACUUGAUCAACUUCCGUUUACGCAAAACUCGUACUCCGAUAUCAUGAGCCAAAUGAGGAUGCACAGAUCCAUUGUCCGUGUUAUCAAUCGCAAUGUGCAAUUUUAUAAUUGCCGAACAGCAGGCUCUUGGGAAGGCGAUAUGGCACUUUCUGUUACGUUCUUCCCAGAAACUUUAACAACCAACGCCGUCUGGUACGGCUGUGAUAUGAAAGAGAAUCCUUCAUAUGGUCACAAUUUGACCGGUGCCGACAUCAUCACUGGCCGUUUAACAAAUUUUGAAGGCAGCUGCUUUCACCCAUUGACCCUCCCAACCAUAUUUGCGGAGUUUGAAAGGGAGAGGCAUGUUGGCUUGGUCAAGAAAUACAUGACUCAGUCGGUUCAAAGAGUUCACGACCUCGCACGCCCGAAUUUACAUGUAAACAAUAGGAGUGAUACCGAAUCACGUCAGCCGUUGGACAAGAUGCAAUUGAUUGAUUACGAAUCUACUAAGCCAAAAACAUUGCUAUCUCGUUUUCGAUUCUGGUCAAGAACAGAGGGAUCUGCUCCUGCAGUAAAUAUCCGCCUUGGCCAAAACGUCGGCUGUGCGCGUCCAUUGAUGGCAGAAAGGGACGCUCCAAAGCCAGCUGCUCUUUUGUGGCACAACACUAGCUUUCUGAGUAACGGCCUACGUAAUUGGCAAACACAAUUACGGAAGAUCCUUCAGCAUGCCCAGGACCUCGACAAUACAAGAUUUGGGAUUUCGACAGCUGAAAAUAGCAGCGAGGUCGAAUCCAAACUGUCCAGACUUGGCGGAGUUGGACUCCGGAUCAAGACAAGAAUACAGGAUCUUAUUGAUGAGUACGACGAAUAUAUACGACAGUGCAGUCACAUAACCGAAGGUCUUAGGCUUGCAACACAGCUCGAACUCAACAAUAUCGGGCAAAAGGAUGCUAGAACAAACCAAGAGAUAGCUCGUGAAAAUCUCAAGGUGGCUCGAAUGACACGCGUAGAUAGUAGCUUGAUGAGAUAUAUCGCUACACUGGGAAUGAUAUUUCUCCCGGCUACGUUUGUAUCAACUUUCUUUUCCAUGGACUUUUUCAAGCGGUCCGAAGAAGAUAGCAACCAGGAGCAGAAUUCUUCUUACUUGUGGGUUUAUAUCGUGGUUUCAUUCGGGCUUACGGUUUUGACAAUUUCUAUUUUCUACACAUGCGUCUUGCGGGCUCCUUCGGUCGAAGUUGAUGAGGAAUCCACGUGCAGCUUGGACAAUAUUCCAAAUUGA